UAAGAAAGCAGGCCUGAGAGGCUCAGGCUCAGGCGCACGCGCGCGAAAGGAGCUCGAGACUUGUAUUUCUUCUUGAUGGGCGCGGGCGCGGGCACGGAUGCAACCACGUUACAUCACGCCCUGGUGAGCUCCCUGCAGCCGCAGGUGGCCGCCGUCUUCUUCGCCUCGGCCGCGUGCACGCUGGCCCUCGCCGUGCUCCUGGGAUCCAUGCGGCUGAGGCCGCCGUGGUGGUGCGCGUGCGCGGUCUGCGAGGCGUACCUCACGGCGUCUUGGACGGGCGAGUUCGACAACCUCUGCGACUGGUUCGCGCACCUGCUGCGCCGCGACCCCGGGCGCACCGUGCACGUGCACGUGCUCGGCAACGUCCUCACCGCCAACCCGGCCACCGUCGAGCACAUGCUGCGCGGCCGCUUCGACAACUACCCCAAGGGCGCGCCCUUCUCCGCCAUCCUCGCCGACUUCCUCGGCCGCGGCAUAUUCAACGUCGACGGCGACGCCUGGCUCUUCCAGCGCAAGCUCGCCGCGGCCGAGCUCGCCGCCCCGGCGAUCCGCUCCUUCGCGGCCAGCGUCGUGGCCUCCGAGCUGAGGUGCCGCCUCAUUCCUCUGCUCCACUCUGCCUCCGCCGCUGGCCAGAGCGGCGCCGAGAAGCUGCUCGACCUGCAGGACGUGUUCCGCCGCUUCGCCUUCGACUGCAUAUGCAGGAUCUCCUUCGGCCUCGACCCGGGCUGCCUCGAGCUGUCCCUGCCGAUGUCGGCGUUCGCGGACGCCUUCGACACGGCGUCCAUGCUCUCGGCGCGCCGCGCCACGGCGCCCAUGCACGUGUUCUGGAAGCUCAAGCGGUUGCUGAACAUCGGGGACGAGCGGGAGCUCCGCGACGCGAUCGGCCUCGUCGACGACCUCGCCGCCGAGGUCAUCCGACAGCGCCGCAAGCUUGGCUCCGCCACCUCGGGCGACGACCUCCUGUCCCGCUUCAUGGGGUCCAUCAACGACGACAAGUACCUCCGCGACAUCGUCGUGAGCUUCAUGCUGGCCGGCCGCGAUACCGUCGCCUCGGCCCUCACCGCCUUCUUCCUGCUCCUCUCGGACCACCCCCACGUCGCCGACGCGAUCCGGGACGAGGUCUCCCGCGUGGCAGGAGACAGAGCCGACCAGCAACCCACGAUCGCCGCCUCUGACGCGCUCAAGGACAUGCACUACGUGCACGCGGCACUGCACGAGUGCAUGCGGCUGUUCCCGCCGGUGCAGUUCGAUUCCAAGUUCGCCGCGGGAGACGACACGCUCCCGGACGGCACGCCCGUGGCCAGGGGCACCCGUGUGACCUACCACGCGUACGCGAUGGGGCGGAUGGAGUCCGUGUGGGGCCCCGACUGUGCGGAGUUCCGUCCGGAGCGGUGGCUCAGCGGCGGCCGGUUCGUGCCGGAGAGCCCGUACCGUUACCCGGUGUUCCAGGGCGGCGUGCGCGUCUGCAUUGGCAAGGAGCUGGCCAUCAUGGAGAUGAAGGCCGCCAUCGUCGCCGUCGUGCAGAGCUUCGACGUCGAGACGGUCGGCCGGACCUCGCGCCGGCCAAAGUUCGCGCCAGGGCUCACCGCCACGUUCGCCGGGGGAGUGCCGGUCAGAGUACACCGGCGUUCGCGCUGCCCGGCAGGCUAACAUAAUCAAUCAGACGUCGCCGUCGACCACACGGGGGAUCGAUUCGUUUCCUCUUGCUUUGAGACCGCACAUUGGGAGGGAGAUCACGCGCACGCAAAGUUGCUGUAAUCUACUCGAGACCAGCACCCAGUUCGGCGAGUGCGCUGGGUUCGUGGCGUCCACGCCCAACGUAUCCACAGUAGAGUGGAUUAGGCUAAGAGACUUUUUCCUCGGCUCCGACUACUUGCGAUUUGGGCAGAGGGAGCAGCCGCCAGAAAAUCUCCCAAACUUAAUCCAACGCACAAGUUCGCUGUCAUUCUUGCAAGAAAAUUGCAGAUUCCAAGAUACAGAAUAGAUGUUCCUCUUCCGCGUAACCUUUUUCUUAUGGGCAGCAUCAAUUAUUUGCAAGGUGGUCGGCCAUCGAAUUGUUAGGAAAUAAUGUAACUUGUUGGAUGCUGAAGAACAUGCUUGUUUAGCAGAGUCAUCAGAUCAUUCCGCGCGUUUAUUGCCAGCGGAAUAAACAGACUGCACAAUAAUUGUAUAAUCGGAGGUCUCUGUAAGUGCCAUCACUUCAGUGCUCGUUUGAUUCAAAGGAAUGCCAUACGAAUUUUAUA